AUGGUUCUUUCAUUUACUUCGCUUGGAGGAAAAGUUGAAAGAUCUGUGAAGAAAGGUGUUGGUCCAGAUAUGUUUCAGUUGCACGGAGAAAAUUACCAUCUACUUGGGAGUUUGAGACCACCAGAAGGUAUGACAGCCAAAUUUGGACAGCUAUACAUAACUGACACUGAAAAUGAAAUGAAAAACAGAGCCAAUUGUUUGAGCAAGAGUAGCAUGAGUGUAAAAGUAAAAAAAGCUGAUACUUUGAAGGAAGAAAUCAUUGAGGUUUUGAUGAAGAUGUUGAAUGAAGUGAAUCCCUAUGUUAAGCAGUUUAGGUCUGCCAGAGAACGAUUUGAUACAAAUCCUGAAGAUGCAUUUCACAUGAGGAUUAUUAGUGAUAGGCUCACUGAUGGAAGAACCUAUAACGCACCUAUGGCAUCUAAAGUGGCUGCAUUAAUUCCUGCACUCCAGUAUCCUCUACUGUUCACAUAUGGAGAAGAUGGUUUCAGGCUUGGGAUUAAGAAAGGUGUUACUGAAGCUACCAAGAAACAGAAGAAAGCUACAAUUAGUAUGAGGCAAUUCUUUGCAUUUCGUCUUCACGAACGCAAGAAUGAGUCGGGACAUCUCCUUCAUGCUCGACGUCUAUUUCAACAGAUUUUGGUUGAUGCCUACACCACUAUAGAGUCUAAUCGUCUACGCUAUCUUAAGUUGAAUCAGUCGUCUUUGCGAUCUGACAGUUUUGACUCUAUUAAAGAGUCUGAAAAUGCUGGGAGGACUAAUAUGAAUGAACAAGGGACAGAAUUUGUGUUGCCAGCUUCUUUCACUGGUGGUCCUAGAUACAUGAAGAACAAUUAUUUGGAUGCUAUGACCAUUUGUAAGCAUUUCGGAUUUCCUGACCUUUUCAUCACCUUUACGUGCAAUCCUAAAUGGCCAGAGCUCACCAGAUUCCUUAAGACAAGAAACUUGAAGCCAGAAGACAGACCAGAAGUUAUUUGUCGGAUUUUCAAAAUGAAACUUGAAUUGUUGAUGGAUGAUUUAACUAAAAAGCACAUUCUUGGGAAGACAGUCUCAUCUAUGUACACAGUAGAGUUUCAGAAACGUGGUCUACCUCAUGCACACAUUCUUCUGUUCAUGCAUUCUGACUACAAGCUUCCCACCACAGAUGACAUAGACAAGAUUAUUUCUGCGGAAAUCCCUGAUAAAUCAACAGAGCCUAAUCUUUAUGAAGUUGUUAAAGACAUGAUGAUGCAUGGACCAUGUGGAGCUGCGAAUAUGAAUUCUCCAUGCAUUGAGAAUGGAUUGUGUUCUAAGGGAUAUCCAAAACCAUAUGCUGAAAGGACUACCGUUAAUAAAGAUGGGUUUCCUGUAUAUAGAAGGCGUGAACAAGUGGAAAAUUAUGUCGAGAAGAGUGGUGUGAAAUGUGAUAAUCAAUGGGUUAUUCCUUACAAUAAGGAACUCUCUCUUCGUUACCGAGCUCACAUAAAUGUUGAAUGGUGCAACCAAGCCGGCUCAAUUAAAUACUUAUUUAAGUAUAUUAAUAAAGGUCAAGAUCGUGUCACUGUGGCUGUGGAACCUCCUGACCAUGUUGUUACAAACCAAUUGGGAAGUCUUGAUGGAAGUGUGGAGAAAAUAAAAGACGAAUUCAAAGAUUUUUUUGACUGCAGAUAUGUUUCUGCCUGUGAAGUCGAGAAGCUUAGUUUUCAUCUUCCUGGAAAACAACAUGUUAUAUUCAGAGGUAAAGAUAAGAUGGAAGCCGUGGUUAGUCGUAAGCUCAUUGAGAAUACAAUGUUCUUAGCAUGGUUUGAGUUGUGUAAGAUCGAUUCACUUGCGAAAACCCUCACAUAUGCGCAAAUACCGAACUUCUUUACUUACGAUAAGAAGUUGAAGAAAUUCAAAAGAAGGAAAAGAGGAUUUAGUCUUGGCAGCAUUAACUAUGCUCCACGUAAACAAGAAGAUUCAUAUUAUCUCCGCGUGUUGUUGAACAUUGUAAGAGGUCCUACCAGUUAUGAGGAUAUAAAGACAUUUGAAGGUGUUCUUUACGAGAGUUACAAAGAAGCAUGUUGUGCACGUGGCUUAUUAGACGAUGAUCACGAGUAUAUUGAUGAUUUGUUGAAGAGAAGUUAUGAUAGCUCUGCAAGUGAUUUACGACAGUGUUUUGCUAUGAUGCUUAAUAAUGAUAGUUUAGCAUCACCAGAGAAUGUUUGGGAACACACGUGGGAGUGUCUGUCGGAGGAUAUUGAAUAUAACCGGAGAAUAUAUUUCAAAAGACCAGGACUUGUGUUGAGUGAUGAGGAGAAGCAAAACUAUGCUUUACAAGAGAUUGAAAAGCUUUUGAGACACAACGGGGAUUCACUUGAGAGAUUUACUAAUAUGCCAAAGGUUCCAAAAUCAAGUAUUAACGAUUCAAAUGUUCUUAUACUGGAUGAGCGUAGCUAUUCGCGCGAAGUGUUGUUGGAAAUCCUUGAGAGAGAUGUUCCAAAGAUGACAGAUGAACAAAGGAGAAUAUUUGAUGAGAUUCUUGAUGCUGUGACUAAAGGAACAGGAGGGAGUUUUUUUGUUUAUGGAUUUGGUGGAACUGGUAAAACUUUCCUUUGGAAAUUACUAUCAGCAGCUAUUAGAUCUAAAGGCGAUAUUGUUCUUAAUGUUGCAUCGAGUGGAAUUGCUUCGUUGUUGUUACCUGGUGGUAGGACAGCUCAUUCUAGAUUUGGGAUACCUCUAAAUCCUGAUGAGUUUUCAUCAUGUGUGCUUGCUCAUGGAACAAAUCAAGCUAAUCUAGUAAAAGAAGCAUCGCUCAUUAUAUGGGAUGAAGCACCUAUGAUGAACAAGCAUUGUUUUGAAGCAUUGGAUAGAAGUCUGACUGAUAUUGUUGGGAAACACAGAAACAAACCUUUUGGUGGAAAAGUUAUUGUUUUUGGAGAGGCAAAUGAUCUUAAGGACUUCUCAGAUUGGAUAUUAAAAGUGGGUGAAGGCAAACUCGCAGAGCCUAAUGAUGGCGAAGCUGAGAUUGAAAUCCCUCAAGAGUUUUUGAUUACCAACUCUGAAGAUCCUAUAGACGCUAUCAGCAAAGCCGUGUAUGGAGAAGAAAAGAUAUAUACCAGCGCAGAUAGUAUUGAUCCAAUUGACAAAAUUUCAUUCAAUGAUGAAGCUCUAAGUCCUGAUUUUCUCAACAAAAUAAAGGUUUCUGGUUUGCCAAACCAUAGUCUUAGGCUCAAGGUCGGAUGUCCUGUUAUGGUUUUAAGAAACAUAAAUCCUGCAGCUGAGUUAAUGAAUGGAACAAGACUACAGAUCACUCAACUUAUGGAUUUUAUGGUUAAAGCUAAGAUCAUUACUGGAGAGAAGGUCGGAAAUACAGUAUAUAUUCCUAGAUUAUUGAUCACUCCAUCAGACACAAGAUUUCCUUUUAAAAUGCGUAGAAGGCAAUUGCCUUUGGCUGUGGCUUUCGCAAUAACUAUUAACAAAAGUCAAGGGCAAUCACUAUCUGAAGUUGGUUUAUUUCUACCAAGACCUGUGUUUUCACAUGGACAGCUAUAUGUGGCUGUUUCAAGGGUCACAUCAAAGAAAGGACUGAAAAUUCUGAUUGUCGACAAAGAUGGUAAAGCUAAACAGAAAACUACUAAUGUUGUUUUCAAAGAGGUUUUUAAUAACCUUGAAGAGUCUGAGUGA